UUUGGGUGACUGCCUGAAUAUAAUAAUUUAGGGAACAAAGUGAUGUCUCGGUCUGAAAGAGUUGAUUAUGGUCAUUGGCUUCAACACCAACGAGGAAUAUUAACGAAUUAAAUAUGUGGUUAGGUCCGAUGUUUCUACUACUCUGUUCUUCACGUACAAUAUGGCCCUUGAACCACCUUUGGAGAAAUAUGAUAGCAGAAUGAUGGGCAGUCUUCAACACAUGAGACGCAAAAGAAUGAAACCCGCGGUGGUAAUAUCGAUGCUUUCUUAUUAAAAAGGAGAGGUUGAGAAGAUUAAGUUCAGUGGGUGUACUUGGUGAAACAGAUGAACUCUCCCAUUCAAUGCUCACCGGUUCUGCAAGCAAGAGAGCUCAGCUCCCCAAAAAGUUCUCUAAUCUUUCUCAUACAAUUAUGAAUGCAUCUACCCCGCGAAAGCUACGAUCAGCAUUGGAAAAACGACCACAUGAGUCUCGAAAAACCUGUGCACCCGCAUCAUCGUAUACAAGAAAAGAGAUGGAUGGAUUCGAGUGGCGAUUUAAGGAUUGCACAAACAAGCACAAAAUCACAAUGGAUGAACACAAAGACUCUAAACUGUCUUUAAUAACAAAAGAUGAAGAAGAAGCAGCCCAAGCUUUCUUUGCGUUGGCUCAAACAUUUACCGAGACCUGUAUGAAUAAAACUUCAGAUAUGGAACUGUCAUCAAUCAUGGUACCACCAAAUCAAACUGAAGAGACUAAUGUGAAGAAUGUGUUACAAAAGAGAUGUUUGGUUCAUGUUUACGUAUGUCAUUUUAUAAAGGUUGUGCAGACAGCCGAGAGUUAAGGAUGUCAUGUGAAUGUAAUAUCGGACAACAAGAGUGUUUGUAGUCACUAAAAAGAUUUUAAAGGGAAAUUAUUGCUUGUAUACAAAAUUUCAUUUACAAA